AUGCGACAAGCUGCCCUCGGCCGCUUCAGGCCGUUACAGCCAUUGAAGCCAUACAUCUGCAGAGAUUGUGCCUUGACGGCGACGCGGCGUACCCUCUCGCAAUCUGCUGUUUCCAGAGACAAGGCUUCCUCCACAUCAUGGGACCAACACGCUGAGAGGAUACGCGCCGGCGAGAGAAAGAGCUUGUUGACUAUACUGGAAGAGCGUGGUUUCAUCAAGGACCUGGCUGGCGAUCGCAAUGCCCUCGAUAAGCUGCUGACCGACAAACGUGUCGGCGUCUACUCUGGUAUCGACCCAACUGCUCCUUCGCUUCACCUGGGCCACCUUCUGCCCAUGAUGGUCCUGUUCUGGAUGUACAUUCACGGUCACAAAGCCGUUUCCAUCAUUGGAGGUGCAACUGCAAAGAUUGGUGAUCCCACCGGCCGUUUGAUAAGCCGACAAGAGAUGGACAGAAACACAAGAACUUCAAAUCUGGUCUCGCUGCACAACUGUGUACGCGCAAUCUGGAAGAGUCUAGACAGAUACGCAGAGAAACACGGCUACAACAAGGACUCGGCUUGGUCCAAAAGUAUACAGAAUAACUCAGUCUGGUUGUCCAAGCUGAAUAUCAUUGACUUCUUGUCUGAUGCUGGAACCGUUGCUAGAAUCGGUGCUAUGCUGGGUAGAGAUACUGUCAAGAACAAGAUGGCGCAAGGUGAUGGCAUGUCGUAUGCUGAAUUCACCUAUCCCCUCCUACAAGCCUAUGAUUGGUGGCAUCUGUAUCAAUCUGGUGUUCAGGUCCAGAUCGGUGGCUCUGACCAGUACGGCAACAUUGUCGCUGGUAUUGACCUCAUCAAACACUUGACUCCUAGACCGUCAACCUCGCCAGAGACCAAGCAGCUGUCCGGUCCUUUUGGUCUCACCGUGCCCCUUUUGACCACAGCAGCUGGUGCCAAAUUUGGUAAAAGUGCUGGAAACGCUAUCUGGCUGGACAAGACCAUGACAAGCCCCUUUGAGCUGUACGGUUUUCUCGUCGGCUCUGCUGAUGCUGAUGUCGAACGCUACCUGAAACUCUUCACCUUCCUGCCCCUCGACUACAUCUCCACUGUCAUGACCGAACACCAAGUCGAUCCUAGUCAACGUAAAGCUCAGCAUCUGCUUGCACGUGAAGUCGUCGAUUUCGUCCAUGGUCCCGAAGAGGCUGCGAACACACAGAACCAGCACAAGUUCUCACGCCGACCGAACUUGCAAACUCUGCAAACCAAGGCGGCGGAUAGCAAAGAAGGCCUCAAUCGUCUCUACCUUCCUCGCAGCCUAGUCCACAACAAGCCACCAGCACGUAUUCUGUACCAUGCUGGCCUUGCCAAGAGCAACAGCGACGGCACUCGCAUGGUCAACUCUGGCGGCGCCUACAUUGGCAGUCAGUCUGACGAGAAUGGCUCGGAUUUCAAUGGCGAUCUUAAGUUCCGUUCAUUGAAGGGUGUCACUGCUGCCACAGUCACCGAGAUGAUGGAGAAGAGUAACGUACUUGUCCUUCGAACAGGCAAGUGGAACGUCAAGCUCAUUGAAGUCAUCAGCGAUGUAGAGUACGAGCAGAAGGGCCUCAGUGCUCCAGGUUGGGAGGACAUCAGAGCGGCCAAAGACGAAACAUCGCCUUGA